AUGAUCAAUAACUAUAAUAGAAAUUUACUGUCUACAUUAAAUAAAGAAAUGUUAACCCGUGACCCACAGUCAAUUUCAACAUUAUCCACGCCAAUAAAAUCGAGUAACAAUUUUAUGAAUGGUACUAAUAAUCAUCAGGGUGGUAUGAAUAGCACAAGUAUGUCUGCUGAACAAUAUGGAGGAUCUUCACCAUUUACACCACAUUCUAGUGAUAAUUUAUUUCAAUCGGUACCUAGGAUGAAUAUAUUGAGUUCUCCACCAUCAAGUGCUCAAUUAUCUUCCUCAGCGACAAAACCACAUAAGUCAAAUAUACAACCUUCUAAUCCUUGUACUCCUUUAAAAUUAUCUUUAACGAUCGGUGCCAAUGGGAAAGCCUCUAUUGUGAGUCCUCAUAUUUUUAAACAUUUACCAUUAAAACCUGUAUCUCCCGAUGUUACUAAUGUUAAUAAUAUGGAGGAUUCGAAGUUGAAAUCAAUUAAGAAGAAUGGUAAACAAAAUGAUGGAGCUGAUGUCUUACCAGAGAAGACUAAAAUAUUAAAUUUGUUAAAGAAGAUGAGAAGUACAACUUCAUCAUUAAAUUCUUCUCCAACGAAAAAUAUGGUUAAAAAACCAAUUCAUAAAAAAAAGACUAUUGUUCAAACUGCCGCUGUAUCCAACAUAGACGUAGCACAUUCCUCCCCAGUGGUAGAUACCAAGAAAUUAAGAAGACCUUCAAUUACACCGGGUACUCCAUCUAGUUUGAGUGAAAUCACUAAUAAAUUACAUCCUUUACCUCAAGUCACUGUGUCUGGUACACCAAAUGCUCCUUCAACUCCAAGAACCAAACAUGCUCAAUUUAGAACUGGAUUCACCCCUUCAAUGGGUCUCGAUAUGGUUUUAUCGAAUAGUAUGUCACCUCGUAUGUUCUUCACCAAUGGUAGUGGGAAUCAAGAGGCCUCAUUAGACGAUAGAAUCUUAAAAUUUAGUAGUCCAAGUACAACUUUCUCUCCAAAGAAUAGAGUUCUGCCAAAACCUACAACAAGUCAAUCAUUCCAACAACAACAACAGCAACAACAGUUCCCUUUCAAGUAUUCUGGAGGUGAUCCAUUAUUAAUUAACGAUGUUGAGAAUGGGCAUUGGUUUGAAACAAUGAAUAACAAUGGUGGAAGUACUGGCGUAUCAACCUCAAACAACAAUAACCAAACAAUGAACAAUGCAUCAUCAACUUUGUUACUAGCAUCUCCAAAACCUCACAUUACUACUUUUGCUUCUCCAACUCACAUUGAAAGAAGAUUGAAACCAGUUAGUCUAAAUGAUAGAGCUAAGUUGCAAAUGGAACCGGCUACACCGAAUGAUUCAAAUUUAUCAUCUAACGUGGCUGCUUUACAAUUUACUCCAUUAAUUCAGCAGACAAUGAAUGGUUCUUUAAGUAGUAAAAUGGUAGCAUCAUCUAUCACAAUGUCACCAAUUGGUACUAAUGAAAGAAGAAAUUCCAUGACAAAUAUUUCUGACAAUGAUUCACUAACCUCUGCAGAAAACGAUGAUGCUAGUUUAUCAUUAAAGAAAUUGAUUAACCGUUCUUAA